UGAUGUAAUAUAAGUAAAUCGAUAUCUCGUUAAACUAAAAAGCACUAAUUUCGAAGAAUAUUUUUUCUAUAAAAUCAUGAAUAGGUUAAGAUUGUGCUUCAAUAGUCUUGCAAAUGUAAAGUCCGUGAAUUAUGAAAGUUGUAGGCAUGUCAAACGAUGGGUUUAUCCAACUCUUGAAGAAAUAAAUAGACGAAGAAAACGGUUACCUCCACAACCUGAACCUAAACGUAGUGCAUUUAUUGAGUGGAAUAGGGAUGCAGAAUUAUAUGCAUUUAAUCAGAGACUUUCCGAGAAUUUUGAAACGGAAAAAUUAAAUCAAGCAUUAACCCAUAGAUCAUAUAUCAUUCGGGAAGAAGAUAAACAAAGGCAAAUGGGAAUAAAAGACCCGAAACUUGAAAUACAGCAUAAUGAAGAUUUCAUUAAAAAGGGAAGAGAAAUAACUUCAAAAGUUGUAAAGAACUAUUUGAAUAAAUAUUUGCCACGUGUUCCUGAACCUGGUAUUAUAGCAUUCCAUGAAUACCUUAUGUCUCAAGAAAUUUUGGCCACAGCUUCUUUGCACCUGGGAACAAAGGAUAUUAUUCUGAGUUCUGAGCAUCCUGUAAAAGAAGAAACAUUAGCUAAGACAUUUUUAGCACUUGUAGCAGCACUUGCUGAAAGUGUCACUAAUGAUCAUGCAAGUGUUUUUGUUCAAGAUUUCCUAAUAGUAGGAUUAGCUACCAAAGAUUUACGUGAAAUUUGGCAGCCCUCGGAACCAUUUGAUAUGUUAAAUAGUAUAGUUUCUGUAGAGAAAAAUACAUUUGUAGAGCCAAGAAUUAUUGGUCAUGCUGGUAAAAACACUCUUCUGUCAGCUUAUCAAAUCGCAGUCUAUUCUAAUAAACAAUUUUUAGGUUCGGGAUUUGGGCAGACCAUUAAGGAAGCAAAAAAUGUAGCUGCUAUGAAUGCCUUAUGCAGAAUGUUUGGUUUAAUAGACUCAAGUCAACCAUUACGAUUUGAUCAAACAGUAAAUCUGUCUGUUUGA